UCGGUCAUCAGUCAGAAGUUGUUUGGUGUACGCUGCUGCCGGCUUGGUCGGGAUUGACGUCGUGCGUCGGCUUUAUAUACUUCCCCCUCCCCUCUUUCUCUGGUUCUGGGGUUGGGAUUUAGUGAUUGACGACGGAGUACAUCUGCUAUUUUUAUAUGCUAUCGGACUAUGGUCGUUGAUCUGAGUGGAUCUUGACGGACUCUGAAGAACGGACUACGGGCUAGCGUGGGCUAGUAUAUACACCUUACCGAACAACUGGUCUUGCGACUCGAUUUGAGCUGAAUUGCGUUAAUGGGGAUUCCGCGGCUUCUGGAGCAUCCGGAUGAUGCUCCCCGGGCGAGUACGACCGGGCAAUCGUCUUUUCUCAGAUUACCGCUCGAGCUGCGGCUCAUGAUCUACGAAUAUGCGCUGGAAGUUCCCAACGAAUUCAUGGACCGGCCGAUGAUCGUGAUUAACGAUCGUGGGAACGUCUUCACGGCGCGGGGCCGAUAUCGAGCGCUGUCGAUGUGUCCCAGUUGGGUGGGCGAGAAUGGUCGAGUUCGCAGCCUGCUCUCGGUGAAUCGGCAGAUCCACGACGAGGUGGAGGACUUUGUGUACUCCCAGAACACGCUCUUCUUCCUGAACUCGUUCAAUCUCGACCGCUUGGGCGCCUUCCUGGACACGAUCAGUGCCACGGCGCGCAACCGCAUUCGCAGCGUCGGCUUUGAGAUCUUCUUUUUCGUCCACUCACAAACAGGCGUGCCGAAACGGACGUUGAAAGAGUACAAGGCCGCUGCGCGCAUGCUGAUGGAGAAGCUGCCGAAUUGGACCAGCACCAUCUUCUAUCUAGAUCCUCGCUUUUACUUCCCCUCCGCUGCGGUAGGGAACUUGGAAUCGUCGGCGCGGGGAAUCUGGUAUCUGGCCACCAUUUUUGGAGCCUUGCAGAAGGAUCUCCAUUUCUUCCCUCUGCCAUCGAUGCACCAGCAUGUUAUGGACGAUGCGAAGAAGAUGCUUCAGGCCGAGACGCGGGCGUCUCAAGCGAAGCUCUCGGUUGCAUAGGAGUUGGGCGUUUUCGUCUCUCUCCUCUUCUGAUCUGUUUACCUGAGUAAUUUUUGCGUUUCACUUUGUCCAGCCAUUUUUCUUUUUUCUUCCGACUGAGGGACUUCUCCUCCCG